AUGGCGGACUACAACACCGAUCCCGAGAAAAAUGAGUCGCAUGUCUUCGCCCAGGCGACCACGGACGCCCAGGGCAAAACGAUCGACAAGCAUCGCGUUACGGACAAGGUCGACGAUCUUAAAGAAGUCGAGGCCUCGAAAGGAUGGUUCGCCAGUGUGCUCAAAUAUGCCAGUUUCCUUCGUGCCGAGGAGCGUGGUAUCGAGAGAGUAAGGGAGGAUGAUCGAGUCCUACAGUCAGUCUUUGACGGCUUCACAAUGUGGGCAUCGGCCAAUUUCAAUCCGGCCACCUUUGCCACCGGCGUUCUAGGCCCGAUUUUUGGGCUGGGGUUUUGGGACUCGUUUGCAGUCAUCGUCCUCGUCAACUUCUUCGCGUCCAUCAUCCCCGGACUGUUUGGGUGCUUCGGGCCCAUGACCGGUCUGAGAAUGAUGUCUGUCGGCCGUUAUGCGUUUGGCAUUUGGGGGAUGCGAGCCCUCAUUGUUUUGAACAUAUGCGCUAUGGUCGGUUGGUCCAGCGUCAACGCUAUUGCCGGGGCCCAAGUCUUCAACGAGCUGUCAGAUGGCAAUUGCCCGUUGUGGGCGGGGAACCUGAUCAUCGGGAUCUGCACGGCCAUCAUCUCAUUCUUUGGCUAUUUCGCGGUACACGCCUUUGAGCGCUGGUGCUGGGUCCCACAGGUCCUCAUCUUCAUCUUCCUGGCUGGCUUCGGCGCCAAGCACUUCGACGCCGGCGCGCUGCCCAUGGGCUCAGGCUCCGCCGAGGCCCGAAGCGUCAUGUCCUUCGUCGCGGUGUUGUACGGCUUUGUGGCGGGGUGGGCGCAGAGCGCUGCCGACUACAACGUGCGAAUGCCCGUCAACACGAACAAACGCAAGCUCAUCCUGUCGAUUUGGGCCGGCAACUUCUUGGGCUGCGCGAUCCCCGAGAUCCUUGGGGCGGCUUACAUGACGGCCGUCGCGGCAGACCCCAAAUUCGCAGACGCCUACGACAAUCGUGGCAUCGGAGGUCUGAUGGGCGAAGGUCUCCGUCCCCUGCAUGGGUUCGGCAAGUUUCUCCUUGUCCUCUCAGCCAUGUCCAUCAUCGGGUGCAACCUGGUCAACAACUACAGUCUGGCAUUCACGUGCCAAAACUUCCACCCCGUACUCAUGAAAGUCCCGCGUAUUGUCUGGAACGUUGUUGGCUCGGCCGUCUUCAUUGCGAUUGCCAUUGCGGCAGAGAAUUCUUUUGCCGAGGUCCUUCAAUCCUUCUUGGAUAUCAUCGGAUACUUCCUGACAACGUUCUUGUCCUGCGUCGCAAUCGAGUACUUCUACUUCAGGAAGCGACAAUUCCCGCUUGAGGAUUGGAACAACAUGAAGGUCAUACCCUACGGAAUAGCGGGCUUCUUGGCCGUCGGCAUGGGAUUUGUCGGAGCUAUACUGUCCAUGCAUCAGACUUGGUACGUUGGCGUAGUGGCCAAAAAGGCCGGCACCGAACUAGGGUGGAUUUUCAGCGGUGUUUUCGCAACAGUUACCUUUGUACCUGUGAGAUACCUAGAGAUGAAGUAUACAGGGCGAUAG